CGCUUUGCUGGUCGAGCUGUCUGUGUUCACGCGUUGGUAAUUUGCUGUGUCUAAUAAUCUGCUAUGUUUGCAUUAGUGAAGUUUUUAGAAGAAUUUGACAACAACCGCUUGUAUGUCGUGAGUGUAAAUUCAAUUUUGGACUUCCGCCCGCAGCACACCGAAGAUUUUGAUAAUAGGACUAAUUAUUCAGUGUUCGGGGUUGACGAGGCAAACAACGAAAAUACGCGGGCGUACGAGGCUCAAGUUCUGCUGCUGGCCGAAUCCCGGGAGGAGCUGGAGCACAAGAAAUCGAACAAGAGGGUGCCCAUGCCAAAGAUUCGCAUGGAAGAGCACUCGGAUGAUGAUAAGCGCGCUAAAAAGCAAGACAAGCAGGUAUCACAAAAGCGCAAAUUCAUGCAAGUGAAUGCAAGGAGUGCGAGCUAUAGUAGAAUUCUGGAAAAGCAUGUUCAAGAUGCAAAAAAAAAAGCCAAGGGUGAACAAUCCAGUGAGCCCAAUCAUCAAAGCCGGUGUCACGAGCGAAAACAGACGACGCUUGGACAGCGUCGGCUCCGUAAACCCAACAUGGCGACCGCCCAGUGUUCCAUCGAUGUGUUCGAACAGUUGGAUGACGCCGCCCGGGUGGAAGCCUACAGGACAGCCGUGUCCGAAGCAGGUGCCCUAAGAACCGAAGUGGAUCAGCUCCGGCGCGAAUUGGAAGGACUGAAAAUAAUGUUUUCGGAUGGACACGACUCCGCCAAAGAAAUCGACGCACCAAAGCCACCUCUUGACCCGCAGUUGCAGGCUGAGGCACUUCGAGAAAUGCAUGAAGGAAGGUACGGUGGCCACAUGGGCAUCAGAAGAACAUUCGAAGCGCUGAGGUCCAAGUACUACUGGCCAAAGCUCUAUACGGAUGUCAAACGACAAAAAAUGUGGAAGGAGAGAUCACUAAAACUAGAAAAAGAAAAUGAAGUUCUGCUGGAGCAAGUGGCAUCGCUCCAGCGUUGCUUGGAAAGCAAAAUAUUUCAAGUGGAAGCCCUUCACAGAAGAAACAAUAGCAUGGAAGGGGAAGGCAUUCAUGCCAAGCUGGGUCAUGUUGCCAUAGGCCGUGGCAAGAUGGGUGAGCUGUUUCAUUUCCUCUUAAAAUUCUGUGACCAUUUCUGGAGUACUUAUAUUUCUUUAACAUGUUUUACUACGUAUUUCACUGUACUUCAUUACAGAACAAUGCCUGGGAAAGACUUUGUGCACCUCCCUGAUGGAUCAUUUCAUCUAGCAGAAGGUAUUGUUAUUUCUGCAAAUCAAGCUGCCAAAAUCUUAAAUAACAAGAAGGCAACACUUGUCUGCAAAGACACCGCCCAAGCAAUAUGGGGCACGGAUGGCCUUCUGAACAGAAGUGUGAGUGGUGUUGCUGCCCCCAAGCUCAGAGCAGCUGGGGAGUUCGCGAAGCCGCCACUUACACCCACGAAAGUGAACGUCGUGACAGGUAUGGUGGAAAAAAAUAUAUAGACUCUGGUAACCUUGAAAUGUCUGAAAUGGCACAUCUGUCUUGAUUUUGGCUUUGUUUGUCUCUAUAAAAAUCUUUGUUUUCUUGACAUUUUACCAACAUUAUUGAGCCUUAUGCUGUGCUGUGCCAAUUAUGUUUUACAGCCACAGUCCGCCACUGGGGCCAGCUAAAGGGCGAAGAUGUGACCACAGCUGUGGCCUCCAUUACCAAGCUUCUCUCCGAGAAGAUACAAGAUGUGAGAAAAUCCAGCAAGCGACUGGCGCUAGCCAAAGAACAUCAUAGCAUGUGAUUAAAUACUUAUAAACUGGCCUUAUAGCCCUUGUUUCUUUAGCAGCAGCUCUGCAUGCACGGCUGCCAACGGGCACCUUGAAUGUAUGGAGCUGCGGCCAAUACACUGCCAACUGGUCCCAAUGGGGGCUGGGACCACUACCAACUGGUCCCAGCUGAACUGGUUUCAGCUGGUCCCAUUAGGGGCUGGGACCAACUGGGACCACUAUCAACUGGUUCCAGCUGGUCCCAUUGGGGGCUGGGACCAACUGGGAAUUUCAUCAUAAGCCAGUUCAACGGGGACCAGUUUGGAACCAGGUGGUACCACUUGGAAUAUUUU